AUGUUGACGUCGAGGAGGUCGUGCUACUUCGUAGUGGCAGCCCUGCUAGCUCUGCUCCACGGCCCGGGCGUGCACGCCGCCAAGGGCAUCUACCGCGGAGUCGCCACCGACAAGUGGGCCGGAGGCUGCGAGGACAUCAAGGCCCUCUCCCGCAUGUCCUGGUACUACGGCUGGGCUCUCGAGCCCAACAUCGACCUGAGCCAGUGCGACCUGGGCGACCGCUACGUCGAGUUCGUACCGAUGAUUUGGGGUGCUGACUCCGUUGAUGGCUUUGUGGCCAAGCUGCCCAAGAACACGAAGCACUUGCUGGGCUUCAACGAACCCAACAUUCCGGGGCAGGCCGUCAUGACGCCCCUGGAAGCCGCGACCCAGUGGAAGAAGGUGAUCGCCCAGCUCAAGGAGGCGGACCUCCUGGGCAAGAUCAGGCUCGGCACCCCCUCGGCCUCGCCCGGUGGCAACCCCUUGGACCCCGUCACUUGGUACCGACUUGCCGAUCAGCGGCGUCUGAUGAUAGUGAUGCGACGUACCAGGUUCACGCAGUUCUUCGGCAACUGCACGGAUUGCCACUUCGACUUCCUGUGCUUCCACGCCUACGAGUGCAACGUGGGCGGCCUCAACUACUGGGUGGGCCAGAUGCAGACCUUUGGCCUGCCCAUCUGGCUCACCGAGUUCGCGUGCCCGUCCGACAGCGGUUCGGUGACGAUCGACGACGAAGUCAACUACAUGCAGAACGCCCUCUGGUCGCUCGACAACAACACCCAAAUUGAACGGGCGACGAACGUGGGCACGCUGCCGUCGCUGUUCAACGCCGGGGCGGGCAGCCUCACUCGCGUGGGUACUCUCUACAACAGCAAGGGUGACGCUCUCUCGGCCGACUCGACCCCGUCCGCCGCCUCCGCCCUGGCCCCUGGCUCUGCCGCCGCCGCCCUGAUGGCCCACCUCAGCUCCCUCCUGGCCUGA